GUCGUAAACAUUUUUUCCAUUCAGAUUCUUCACGAGUUUACGCUUGUACGUUAAAUAGAGCGUCUUGGCGGACGCACCACGAUUUUUCCGCGUUUUCAUAUGAUUUCGCGGAAAAAAAUGGAGUCGAUAUCGCAGGCUCGGUGUACGUGAUACGUAAACUUAUGAGUUACUGGCAUGCGGUGACGUCAUCCGGAUCGUUCUGGAAGAACCCUGCAGGACAAUAAUGGCGGAUUUGUAUGCAAAAUACAACUGCACCUAUUGUCAAGAGGAUAUCUCGGGUUUACGUGUAAGAUGCGUAGAAUGCCCGGAUUUCGACCUCUGUUUGCAGUGUUUUUCCGCUGGAGCUGAAAUUGGUCCACACAAAAAUGAUCACUCCUAUCAGUUUAUGGAUUCUGGUACCAUUAGUAUAUUUAAUGGUAGAGGAAAUUGGACUGCUAGAGAACAGCUUAGACUUUUGGAUGCCAUUGAACAAUUUGGUUUUGGAAAUUGGGAAGAUAUCAGUAAACAUAUCGAAACACGUACUCCAGAAGAAGCAAAAGAGGAAUAUAUUGCUAGAUACCUUGAUGGUAAUAUUGGCAAACAUACAUGGCCACCAACAGAAAGCUACAAACCAAAUCUCACAGAUCAAACUAAGUCAGAUAAUGGCCCAUUAUCACCUGACCUCACAUCUCGGUUACCACCUUUGGACAUCACUCCAGAAGAAGCAGCACAGUUGGGGUAUAUGCCACAACGAGAUGAUUUUGAAAGGGAUUACAACCACGAAGCAGAAUCACUUGUUUCUUCGUUAUUCCUGAAUCCAGCAGAGGAUGAUGAUUUAGACAUAGCACUCAAGCUUGCCCAAGUUGAUAUGUAUACCAACAAUUUAAGGGAAAGAGCGCGACGGAAGCGAGUGGUGCGUGAUUAUCAGCUUGUAUCCGCGUUCUUUUCUUCAUCCAGGAAAGAUAAAGCAGUGAAGAAGAAGCAAACAAAAGAGGAGAAAGAAUUUAGGGACAGAAUGCGAGCGUUUGCCCAAUUUUAUACAGCGCAGGAGUAUGAGCAGUUUCUGACGAAUCUCGAAAGGGAAAGAGAACUGCGGUUACGUCUUUCAGAAUUAUAUCGUUAUCGUGAACAUGGCAUCACGAGGCACGAAGAAUGCGCUCAUUUCGAGCAAGUGAUGGCACAAACUCAGGGACAAAAUGAUGCUACGGAUCAUUGGAAUGAAAAGAAAUCUGGCAGCAGUGGGCCGUCCACACCAAUACACCGCCACACCUCAAAAAGAAGAGAAGAAGAAAAAAAUUACUCUUCCAUCGACCGAAAGUACACUGCAAAAGACUUUCCCAGCAGCAGCUCCUCAAUCAAUCAAGUCAAUCGGAUGACGACUCCAGUCAAUCCGUGGGCGGAGCCGGAUAACAAUCCAAAUUCUUCCAACCAACAUACUACAAGCUCGAGUUCUAUUGCAGAAAAGAAUUAUACUGCAACAACUUCUGGAAAAUCUUGUUCAACAAUGGGACAUUCGGAGGAACGAGAUAUCGAAAUGGAGGCUGCAGCUCAUUUGCUAACGAAACAAGAAAAGUCCUUAUGUCUUCAACUUGAUUUAAAGCCAACGCAGUAUUUGACACAGAAAACAUUGUUGUUGCAAGAGUAUCUAAAUGGUAAUAGAAGAUCGGGCGUUGUACCUCAGUCGGAACCAGAAAGUAAGAUACUACAUUAUCUGGUAGCAAAUGGCUGGAUCGCGGCCAAUUGAUAAAACAUGUAAAAAUUACUGACCAUUUCAAUUCUAAGUCACUGUCUAUUUCGCAAACUAAGUCCUAGGUAUAAUUGAAAUUUGAGUCUGAUUUAAUUAAACAUAUAGGGCAGGUAGAGAGAGAAUGUGUGUGUGCGUGCGUGCGUGCGUGUGCGUGUGUAUAGUUUGACAAGUAACGAUAUUGAUUCUUUACUAUAGAAUUUCAUGAAACUUUGAAACAGCGAAAAAAAAGAUAAUCGUGUUUGGCGAAUAAAUUGUUAUGAAUUCUAACAUAGUUGAUUUUUUGUUUUGCUUGUUAAUUUAUUCGAGAUCAAUUUCGUAAGUAAAAAAAUGAUAAGUAUACAAAUUUUGUUAUGAAUAUUUUUUUUUGUUUUAUUAUAUUAAAAUUUAGAAUGUAAGUGUUACACGUAACAACUCACUCGCCAAUCAUCGAUAUUUUUACCGCUGUUUAAGAAUUCGGAUAUUAAAUCAUCAUCGCCGUAUUGCACGAAAUGAUUUCGUAUGCUGAGCCGUAUUCGAUUCUAACGAACGUCGUUAUUUUAGGUUUUCUGUUGAAUUUCACGUACAAGUAGGAAUUAUUUCAAGGACAUCUCUUACACUGCCUUUAUAGAGCCAUUGAACAUAUUGCUCAAUUAAUUCUUCCACUAUGAUGUUUUUCUUGUACAGACUAUUAGUUGCACAUACUCCUUUCUAUCUGUUUCGAAUGUGAUUUGUUACCAUAUUUGACAAUAAGGAAACGUAAUACAUAGAAGUCACGUUAUAGUCGGGAUUUCUAAAUCGUUGUUUAAUGCAACGUUUUAAACGGUUGAAAAACACAUCCAUCCGGAAGCUUUAUUAAUCGUUAUAAUAUAUAUAACAAUAUUUAAAAGUUAUCGUUUGGAUGUGUUAAAAUAUAUUAAAUAAAAAACAUUUAAAAAAUAUUUGUAUAGCUGAGAUUCAUGAAAGUAUUGAAUAUUUAAUAAUAGAUACAUAAUGUCCUUAAAAAUCACCUACACGUACUCAAAAAUAUUUGCUUUUGAACGUAUAAUCGAUUGAAAUUUUUCUAUUAAAAAUAUCGAAGCAUGCAUAAUUAUCGCGCAAACCAAUGCAUUUUAUUCUACUACGGAUUAUCGGUUUUCUUUGAACCAUUCAAAGAAUUCCUUAUUGACGAAGGAUGGUACAAAGAACAGGUCAUAAGGACAUUUGUUAUUACCGUGAAGUAAUGCUAGGUAAUUUAUCUCUGUUACCUGUGUAAUAUUUGUACAUACUGAAGAAAGAAAGAUAGUACCUUCCUAGUGAUACUACGUUUAAAGCACAAAAUGGUGGUGUAAUGUGACGAGGCAUUAAACGUAUAGUGUGAUAAUGGUGGUGUUCUAAACCAAAACUCGUAUUGCAGAAGAAAAAAAAAAAAAAGACACCUUAACGUUUUAGGAAGAUAAUUAUUUUCUAUUGCUUGUAUAGUCGAUAAACUUUAAACGAAACGAAAAAGGGACAACAUGUACUUCCUGACGGAACGUGUGCAUUUCAAAGAGAAACAGAAUCCUACUUGAUUCGAUUCUUACAAUUAGAUUCGUGUGAAAAUACGUUUUAACUGCUUUUACUUAUCUUAUUAAACCUGUACAGUGAAGGGUAAUCAAGUUUAAUCACUUGAUCGAGGGUUUUUAUACGUCUCUUACGCUUAAAAAACUUAAACACAGGGGGAGAAAAAAGAAGUUAACGUCGUUUGCUUUAGAAUAAUUCAGUACUUCCCAGAACCGUCACGCUUACCGAAGACUUGAACUCUUUUCUGUUUUUCUUUUUCCAGUUCAAGCAAAAGAGAUAUAAAGCAUAGUUUAUUUAUCGUUUAACUUGUAUCAUCGUAUAAAUGUAAGAAAGAAAAUAUAGAUAUAUAUGUAAAUACAUAAAAGAGACACUACUCAUAAUUGUGAGUAGUUAUAAAAAAAGGCGUAUGUAUAGAGAAAGAGAAAGAGAAAAAGAAAAAGAAGAAAAAAGUCUAAAGUAUCUUUUAUUAGAAACAAUACUUAUUAUGGCGUAUUGCUUAAAGUAAUAGCUAGGUAACGGAAUAGGGAAAUAGCUGCUCAUAUUUUUUAUGGAGAGUAGAAGACUAUUGUCCCUUUUAUUCUAUGUAUUCUAUUUUCUGGCUAACCUCUUGCAAACUAUGCAAGCAGUUUUAACCCUUUCAUUGCUAUUAGCAUUAAUGUUCCUAUUAUCAUGCUUUACUACUGAACUAAGGUGUAGUUGAAAAUUUUUAAAAUCCAUUUUACUUGUGUACGAUGGGAGCUCUAAGUUAUGUUAAUUUGCAAUAUAAGUAGACUCGUCCUAAAUUCGCAAAUUUUAUCAAUCAGAUCAUCGAACAGAUAAUGAAUGGUUGUUAACAUUGAAGAUAUACCGAAAUCAGUUGCAGUGAAAAGGUUAAACGAAUUAAAAAAACUCUUUUUAGCAUUAAUUUUUAUUAAAUUUUUUAUUUGGAGGUGGCUCGAAAGGUGAUCGAUGCGAGUUCAAUUUUUUUUGUUAUACGAUUUUGAUCAAUAGCUUCAAUUGCGCUUUAAGUUUGUUUUUUUUCCUCGUAAACGAAUUAUUUGUAGAGAAUGAAAAGAAGAAAUGUCUCGAUACUUUUAUCAUUGUAGCAACUUGCAAGAAUCGACUUGUCUUUAAGUCGUUUUGACUGUUAUAUUCGAAUAAGAAGUGGUCCACUACGAAAUAGGCUGUUUGUCCUAAGACAGUUAUCUUUUGAACGAAGAGGUCCGUACGCCUUCCUGUAGUUACUUAAAGCUAGUAAUUUAUAAUGUUACGGAGAGAUUCGAAAUGAAAACGUCGCAACGAUCUUUUAGAACGUAUCGCUACAACAUGAUUAAAAUUUUUAUAAAGUUUCUUUAAAUUAUACGCAUUAACGCUUGUUAUUUUCUUUUUCAUCUUUUUUUAUUUCGUGAUAAUUUCAGUCAAGAGAAAAAAGAUCGUUGACGAUAGAGAUAAGUGCGUAUUGAGUUUGAAAAUUAAUAUGACAAUUUUCGAAUAAUCUGUAUAACAAACUCGUUUGUUAAUCCUCAUUGUUCUGUAAAUAACGAAAGAAUUAAACACGUCGAAUGCAAAAUGGCUUUCAUUCUUGUACUUGAAUCAAACAGUCGUUGAAUGUAUAAAAAUAAACUGUAAAAAAAAUAGGUAUUUUCCCUUAA